AUGCCACUACUUACAGAGAUGAUUCUCGCUGGUGCUGCUGCGAGGCUGCGCCCUCUAUCUAAACGCAGCGAGUUGAGAGUCAGAUGCCCCAUGCAGCGGAAGGUAAGAAGCGAAGGACUCGUCCGCCAAAUACCCGCACAGACGGGCGGAAAGGAGGCUGUGGCUAUGGGCUCUCCUACCCUACUAGGGCUGAAUAUCUACUGGAUUGUGGAAUCGAGCAAACUCUCCCGCGCUCCAUUAGAAGUCAUAGUAGGUUCUGUCGGAACUGAUGGGAGAAAAGAGACGAGCGCGAAUGAAAGCCGUUUGUCUAGAACAAUGGAAGGAGAGGAAGAGAACAUGACGUAA